AUGGCGCUUCUCUCCUCGAAGGCCGCCCGCAAGUGGGGACGGCGCUGCCUUUACGCGACCGGAAUACUGGGCGUCGGAUACGUCGGGGCCGACUACGUCACAGACAACUCCCUGACGCGCUCGCUGCGCACGCUGCUCGCCUUUGGCAUCAUCGUGUACACGUACAAGCUCACUACCCCUACGACACCCGAGGAACUGUCUUCCAUGCACAGCCGUGUGGCACGCAUCAUCCUCGACACAUGCCUAAAAAAUGAGGGGUUGUACAUCAAGAUUGGACAAGGCCUGAACUCCAUGAGCCACGUGCUCCCGCGCGAGUACACGGAAGUGCUCAAAGUACUGCUGGACCGGGCGCCGCCUGUUCCGAUUGCAGAGAUUCGAAAGAUCAUCCGCGCCGAAACCGGCAAGGAAAUCGAGGAGCUGUUUGUUCGCUUCGACGAGACGCCGGUGGCCUCGGCGUCGAUUGCGCAGGUGCACCAAGCAUGGCUUCCGCCUCCGGCGGACGGCGCAUCGGCGGAGCCGCAGAGAGUAGCCGUGAAGGUGCGCAAGCCGUGCAUCUCCACCCAGUCCGUGUGGGACCUGUGCAUAUAUAGCACCAUCAUGACACUGCUGAAGCUUCUCUUUGACCUGCCGACGGACUGGUCCAGGAAGACCGUGUGCGACGCGCUGGUGCGCGAGAUGGACUUCACGUUGGAGGCGUCCAACGCGAAGCGCUUCCGACGCGCUUUCCGCGACAACCCGCGCUUGUACAUCCCGCGUGUUCACGACGCGUACACCUCAAAGCAGCUGCUCGUUCUGGAAUGGAUCGAGGGGACCAAACUGAACGACGUGGAGUCUAUACGAGCGCAGUACAAUGAGAAGCGUGUGUUGACCACCUUGUUCGACGCCGUUGGUGACAUGGUCUUUAAGCACGGCUUCGUCCACGCCGACCCGCACGCCGCCAACGUCCUUGUGCGGCCCUUGCCGAAAGCCAAUCCAGCGCCCGAAACAGCGGGCACCGACAUGGCUGCUGCCACCACCACUACCACCACCACGGCAGCGCGCGAUUCGAGUGACUACCAAGUCGUCCUCAUCGACUUUGGCCUCGUCACACCGGAGCGGGUGCGCUUUCGAUAUCAAUACGCCCUACUCUUUGUGAGCCUCUUUACCCAUGACAAGGAAUCGCUGCGGCGGGUGGUGCACGACUGGGGCAUCAACGACGCCGAGAUGUUUGCCUCUAUACAGGCGCAGAAGCCCUUCGAAGCGAUCCAGGCAGGCAGCUACGACGAAGUCACACGCGAUGAGGUGAUCGCCAUGCAGACGAAGGCGCAUGAGCGGGUAAAGGAGAUCUUACGCGACACACGGCGCAUACCGAAGGAGCUCAUCAUGGUGGGCCGCAGCCUCGACAUCCUGCGCAGCGUCAACCGGCUUUACGGGUCACCCGUAAACCGCAUGAACAUGUUUGUGCAAAGUGCCGUGGAGUGUCUGGGUCCACUGCGCAACUAUGACGCGGUCGACGCGUAUUUGAAGCGCAUGCAGAAGAUUAUGGAGGCGCGGGGUUGCUUGACAACGGUCGCCAUGGACUGCUACCAGGAGUACGAAAGCGUGUACGACGCCUCUGCAGACACCGUGCGAGAGGAGCAAGAAGCCGCAGCAGCGCAGAUUGCCGCCGAGGACGCACAGCGUGGGCUCCACCAUCCCUUGCAAGGGCCAGCAUCGGAGGUGUACGCGUGGCUCGACGCCGUGUAUCGCGCCCUGCUGCUGCACAGUCUUUUGUUCCUGCUCAACGCGGUUCACGUGAUCACUUACACUUACAACUCACUGAUUGCGACGUUUCUGUCAGCCGCAGCGCAGAAGAAGCUCCGUAUCGCAAGCCUGGAAGACCGACGUGAUCCUCUAUUGGGGCAACAGUGGAGUAUCGAGGGGAAAGAGAUGGCGGAAGCCGUCCUCGCGGCUGGCUAA